CGUAUAUCCAAACAGCAUCAACCCCAAGACAAAACCCCAUCCCCCAUGACGCUCAUCCCGCCUGUCCCACUAACCCGCGUCCAUCCCCGUCAGCCUGAUCUUCUCAGUCCUACACCUUGACCUUCCUCAUGGGGUUGUCUGUCAUUAAAGAUCCAACUCUUGGUAUCUCCCGGUGCCUUGGAGCCCAUGUAACCCAAGACAUUCAUCGCAAACCCGUCUGACAAUGGCGAAAGGGCAAUCACCGCCUCCUACGGGAUUCGCGAUGUUCACCUCGCAAUGACCAGUGACUUGCUUUCUCAUAUAUAUGCAUGGAUCGCGCGCACAGCCUGUCAAAGUCAUCCUGUCACUCCCUCCCACCCUUGUGGUUCUGCCAACUACACCUGCAUCUGCGUCGUGAGAUAAACUCCCUGAUCGGGCUGCACUAGGGGGGAAUAUUCGACAACCUUAAUUCAACCUCCAGUCCUUCACGGCGAUAUGGCCGACAAGAAGGACUAUGAAGCAGGAGGUGAAGUCGUUCAGCCAAAGAACGACUUCAACGACACCACGCCCCCUCCCGACUUCGACCAAGGCGUUGUUCAGCAAGACAAUACCUAUGCCUACUCCGAUGACAGGAAGCUUGGUGUGACCGGUGCCGUUUUCCUGAUUCUGAAUAAGAUGAUUGGAACGGGUAUCUUCUCUACUCCAUCUGGAAUCUUCGCUGCUACCGGAAGCGUUGGGGUGUGUCUGUUCCUGUGGAUCAUCGGUGGAAUCCUCACUUUUGCUGGUCUCUCUGUCUUCAUGGAAUUCGGUCUUGCAAUCCCGCGCUCUGGUGGUGAGAAGAACUAUUUGGAACGCGUCUACCGUCACCCGAAAUAUUUGGCCACAUGUGUUCUUGCCGCACAGAUGAUCCUCCUUGGAUUCUCCUCUGGUAACAGUCUUGCAUUCGGUAAUUACGUUCUCUAUGCUUCAGGUGUCGAGAAGCCGGGAGAUUGGGAGGCGCGUGGCAUCGCCAUCGCUUGCGUUACUUUCGCCAUCCUCAUCCAUGUCAUCGCACCGAAGUGGGGUAUCCGCUUAUUCAAUGUUCUGGGUGUCUUCAAGGCAGUCAUUCUCCUCUUCAUUGUAUUCUCUGGUUUCGCAGCCCUCGCUGGUCAUCGACCCGAGAAUCCGCACAAUUUCGAUGACGCUUUCAAGUUCAAUACCGGUGAAGGUUGGGGUGGAGGCGGCGCCUAUGCCUACUGCACGGCGCUCCUCCGCAUUAUUUAUUCUUAUAAGGGGUGGGAGAACGCCAACUACGUCUUGGGCGAAGUCAAGAAUCCACGUAAGACUUUGGCUGUCGCUGCUCCAUUAGCUAUCGGCGGAGUCACUAUUCUCUAUGUUUUGGCCAACGUCGCCUACUUCGCCGCCAUUCCCAAAGAUGAACUUGCCACUAGCGACGUCAUUGUUGCUGGAGUCUUCUUCAGGAAAGUCUUCGGAGAUAGCGCAGGAGCUCGCAGUUUGCCUGCAUUUGUCGCCAUUAGCAACUUGGGCAACGUGCUUGCUGUCAGUUUCGCCCACGCUCGUCUCAAUCAAGAAUUUGCCAAAGAGGGUCUCCUCCCAUGGAGCCGCUUCUGGGCCUCGAAUAAGCCCUUCAACUCUCCUUCCACCGCCCUCUUCCUUCAUUGGAUUGUGACUGUCAUCGUUCUCGUGGCACCUCCUCCUGGCCCAGCCUACAACUUCAUCACCGAUUUGUACACCUACCCAGGAGCCUGGAUCAAUGGCUUUGUCACCGCCGGUCUCAUCUACCUCCAGUGGAGCAAGAAAGAAGCCUGGACAUCACCAUGGCACACCUGGAUCCCCGUAUCCGUGCUCUACCUUGCCGCCAACAUCUUCCUCGCGCUCGUGCCCUUCAUUCCGCCGGAUGGCGACUGGGAUGCCGAAGGCUACCCGUACUACGUCUUCCCCGUCGUUGGUGUCGGCGUGUUGUUGCUCGGCGCCUUCUACUGGACAAUCUGGACCAAGGUCGUGCCGAAGAUUGGAGGGUACAAGAUCGUCGCUCAGAGACAUUACGAUGACGCGGGUAAUGAGCAUAUCCGCUACGUCAAAGUCUACAAUCCCAAGGCUGAAUGAGCGAUAUGUCUCUCACAACCGCAAGCACGCCUUUCGCAUUUGCAGGAGCGGGAUGACCGUGUGUUGAAUUUUACAUAGCGAACAAUCCAACUAUUAAU